AUGUCGAUUCAAACGAGCGAUGCCUCUUCCAAAGACUAUGCCAAAGCUUUGUCGCUAAUUGCUGCACAUUCUCAUAUCUCAGGGCUCGGUCUCGAUGAGCAUUUACAAGCUAAGGCUACAUCUCAGGGUAUGGUAGGACAAACGCAAGCUCGUAGAGCUGCUGGUAUCAUACUAAAGAUGGUACAAAACGGUACGAUUGCUGGACGCGCUGUGCUUAUUGCGGGCCCACCAUCAACUGGUAAAACUGCCCUCGCUAUGGGUCUAUCACAAUCGCUUGGUCAAGAUGUCCCAUUUACUGCGAUCGCUGGUUCUGAGAUAUUUUCGCUUGAGCUUAGCAAGACAGAGGCGCUUACGCAGGCGUUCCGUAAAUCCAUCGGUGUGAAAAUCAAAGAAGAAACUGAGAUGAUUGAAGGUGAAGUAGUGGAGAUUCAGAUCGACAAGUCCAUUACUGGCGGUCAUAAACAAGGUAAGUUGACGAUCAAGACCACUGAUAUGGAGACGAUUUAUGAAUUGGGUAGCAAGAUGAUCGAAGGGCUUACCAAGGAAAAAGUUUUGGCUGGUGAUGUAAUUUCCAUCGACAAAGCAAGCGGAAAAAUCACCAAAUUGGGUAGAUCGUUCGCCAGAUCUAGAGACUACGACGCCAUGGGUGCUGACACUAGAUUUGUGCAAUGCCCUGAAGGUGAAUUGCAAAAGAGAAAAUCCGUUGUUCACACUGUAUCGCUGCACGAAAUAGACGUGAUCAACUCCAGAACGCAGGGAUUUUUGGCACUGUUCACCGGUGACACCGGUGAGAUUAGAUCUGAGGUCAGAGACCAAAUUAAUACGAAGGUUGCUGAAUGGAAAGAAGAAGGAAAGGCCGAUAUUGUUCCCGGGGUUCUUUUCAUCGAUGAAGUGCACAUGCUGGAUAUUGAAUGUUUUUCAUUCAUCAAUCGUGCUUUAGAAGACGAGUUUGCUCCAAUCGUAGUAAUGGCAACGAACAAAGGUAUUUCAAAGACGAGAGGAACAACUUACAAGUCUCCACACGGACUACCUUUGGACUUGCUAGACAGAUCCAUUAUAAUAACCACUCAAAACUACAAUGAACAAGAAAUCAAAACGAUUCUGUCUAUAAGAGCACAAGAAGAAGAAGUAGAGGUUGCAGCAGAUGCAUUAGACUUAAUGACCAAGAUCGGAACCGAAGCCAGCUUGCGUUAUGCGAGCAACUUAAUCUCUGUUUCUCAGCAAAUUGCUUUGAAACGGAAGAGCAACACCGUGGAGGUAGCCGAUAUAAAAAGAGCUUACCUCUUGUUCUUAGACAGCUCGAGAUCUGUCAAAUUCUUGCAAGAAUUCCAGCCACAAUACAUUGACGAUGAAGGAAAUGUACAGAUUGCCAGCGGGAUGGGCAGCACCGACGUCAUGGACACUGCGGCUUGA